AUGUCGGGUGCCGACCCCCUGGAGACGCUGCGGGUGGAAGCCAGCUGCGCCGGCUGCCUGGAAUACCUUCAGGAUCCCGUCAUCAUCGAAUGCGGUCACAAUUUUUGCCGCCGUUGCAUCACCCGCUGGUGGGCCGAACUGGUUCGCGAUUUCCCUUGUCCCGUUUGCCGCAAAACCUCCCGCCACCGUUCUCUCCGUCCCAACCGUCAACUGGGUAACAUGGUGGAAGCCGCCCGACAACUUCGGGGCUCCAAACGAAAAGCCGGCGAGGAAAACCGUUGCCCGCUUCACGGCCAAGCUUUGGUUCGCUUCUGUCGCGACGACGAAGCUCCCGUCUGCCUCCUCUGCGAGAUCUCCCACGCUCACCGCGCUCACCGCCUCGUCCCCCUCGACGCCGCCGCCCUCGAGUAUAAG